AAGGUGCUGGUGAUCGGGGAGCUGGGCGUGGGUAAAACCAGCAUUAUCAAGCGGUACGUGCACCAGCUCUUCUCCCAGCACUACCGGGCCACUAUCGGGGUGGAUUUCGCGCUCAAAGUCAUCAACUGGGACAGCAAGACCCUGGUGCGGCUGCAGCUCUGGGAUAUAGCAGGCCAGGAGCGCUUUGGAAAUAUGACCAGAGUAUACUACAAAGAGGCAGUUGGUGCUUUUGUGGUCUUCGAUGUCACAAGAGGCUCCACUUUCGAGGCUGUUUCAAAAUGGAAGCAUGAUUUGGACAGUAAAGUACUACUUCCUAAUGGCAGCCCCGUCCCUGCUGUUCUUCUUGCAAACAAGUGUGACCAGAAGAAAGAUGGCAGCCAGAGUCCCUCUCAAAUGGACCAGUUCUGCAGAGAAGGUGGCUUUGUUGGAUGGUUUGAAACCUCUGCCAAGGUAAGCAUAAAGAGGAAACAUAUUUUAACUCUUCUAAGUAUUGGCAUAAGAAUAGAUGAAUAUAGUCAUGUGGGGAAGAAAAUCAUCAAGUAUAGCAAAAUGACAGUCAAGUCUCCAGUGUUCAGCAAAA